CUUUAAGGCUUGUCACACAUAUUUGCGAGCACUAACCAGUAAAAUCUCAGGGUACGAAUAUGCUAGAUGCUUUAUCAGCUGCAGCUCAUGUUCCCACCCUAUUGCAAAAACAAACCAGUCAGCAGUGUAAAAGACAGCGUAAGGCUAACGAGGAGCAAUAUAACAUGAAGCAUUCCCACUCCCACCUGCCAGGAGAAAAAGAUAAAGUAUUGUGGGCUUGUGGAAGAAAUCUCAAAGGAAUACCACGGUGCAAGAGAAAGCAAGCAGCAGCCUCAUUUAAACAUGACUGAAAAAGAUGACCUCAAAAAGGAAAGCAAGGGCAGAGGAAAGUGUAAAGAAGUGUUUGGCUACCCCAUCAGCAUCUUUUUCAUUAUAGUAAAUGAGUUCUGUGAGAGGUUCUCCUACUAUGGAAUGCGAGCUGUCCUGGUGCUGUACUUUAAGUACUUUUUGCGAUGGGACGAUGACUUGGCCAUCUCCAUCUACCACACCUUUGUUGCUUUCUGCUACCUAACCCCCAUUCUUGGGGCCAUUAUAGCCGACUCCUGGCUUGGGAAGUUCAAGACAAUCAUCUACCUGUCGAUUGUUUACGCAAUCGGUCAGGUGGCGAUGGCCGUCAGCGCGAUCCAUGACAUCACUGACUCAGACAGAGACGGGUCUCCAGACAAUCUCACCUUUCACGUGUAG